GGAGCCUCGGAGCCUGGCGAAGCCCGCUUUCCGAGCUCGGGGUUGGGGGGGCUUUGCGAAAGACAACCUCAAGGCAAGGGCGUUUGGAGAGCUGCGGUGGAGCCAGGGACUUGGAGGAGCGAGGCGUGUAUUUUCAGCUGCACCUUCAAAAGGGGAGAAUUCCGUCACCACCAGAGAGGCAACAGCCCCCAAAUAUGACUACAAUUGCCUAGAUCCGCAGAGGCCUGGGAGUCUCUGGAUGGAUAGCUUAGAAUAUGCUGAAAAGCCAAUGCCUUCCAUGGAGGACUGAAGGGCCAGCUGGUCAACAGGACAGUGGCCGGGAGCAAGGGAGUCAGCAGACACUCACAGCCAGCAAGAGGGACCUUCCAAGGGGCUGACGUGCACUGCCAAGGGCAGGCUCCUGCCACGCAAUUGUUACAGCCCUCUGAUGGAAUGCUGGUGAGGUCCUCCACCCAGGGGAGCCUGCGGGGCUGUGCCAGGGACUGCCUGGUGAGUGAGAACUCGUGCAGGUCCGACCGACCCCUUAUCCCUGCUUAGGAACUGGAGGGGUUCAGAGCCCCCUGUGUGCUCUCCCUUGGCAAGAUGAGGACUCUGAACACCUCUACCAUGGAUGGGGCUGGGCUGGUGGUAGAGAGAGACUUCUCCUUCCGCAUCCUUACAGCCUGUUUCCUGUCUCUGCUCAUCCUGUCCACACUCCUGGGGAACACGCUGGUCUGUGCCGCUGUCAUCAGGUUCCGACACCUGCGGUCCAAGGUGACCAACUUCUUUGUCAUCUCCUUGGCAGUGUCGGAUCUCUUGGUGGCUGUCUUGGUCAUGCCCUGGAAAGCGGUGGCAGAGAUCGCUGGCUUCUGGCCCUUUGGGUCCUUCUGUAAUAUCUGGGUGGCCUUUGACAUCAUGUGCUCCACGGCGUCCAUCCUCAACCUCUGUGUGAUCAGCGUGGACAGGUACUGGGCCAUCUCCAGCCCCUUCCGGUACGAGAGAAAGAUGACUCCCAAGGCAGCCUUCAUUCUGAUCAGCGUGGCGUGGACCUUGUCUGUCCUCAUCUCCUUCAUCCCUGUGCAGCUCAGCUGGCACAAGGCAAAGCCCACGAUCUCCUCCGACGGGAACGCCACUUCCCUGGAUGACACCCUGGACAACUGUGAUUCCAGCUUAAGCAGGACCUAUGCCAUUUCAUCCUCCCUAAUAAGCUUUUAUAUCCCUGUGGCCAUCAUGAUUGUCACCUACACCAGGAUCUAUAGGAUCGCCCAGAAACAGAUACGACGCAUCUCAGCCUUGGAGAGGGCAGCAGUCCAUGCCAAGAAUUGCCAGACCACUACAGGUAAUGGAAACCCUGUGGAGUGCUCUCAACCAGAAAGCUCCUUUAAGAUGUCCUUCAAAAGAGAGACUAAAGUUCUCAAGACUCUGUCUGUGAUCAUGGGGGUCUUUGUGUGCUGCUGGCUUCCUUUCUUCGUCUUGAACUGCAUGGUGCCCUUCUGUGGGUCUGGGGAGACCAAGCCCUUCUGCAUUGAUUCCAUCACCUUUGAUGUGUUUGUGUGGUUUGGGUGGGCUAAUUCUUCCUUGAACCCCAUCAUUUAUGCCUUUAAUGCUGAUUUUCGGAAGGCAUUUUCAACUCUUUUAGGAUGCUACAGGCUUUGCCCUACCACGAAUAAUGCCAUAGAGACAGUUAGCAUCAAUAACAAUGGGGCUGUGGUGUUUUCCAGCCAUCACGAGCCUCGAGGCUCCAUUUCCAAGGACUGCAAUCUGGUUUAUCUGAUCCCACAUGCAGUGGGCUCCUCCGAGGAUCUGAAGAAGGAGGAAGCAGGUGGAAUGGCCAAACCCUUGGAGAAGCUGUCCCCGGCCCUAUCUGUCAUUUUGGACUAUGACACCGAUGUCUCUCUAGAGAAGAUCCAGCCCAUCACACAAAACGGACAGCAUCCAACCUGAAGCCUGAGAUGAAUCUGGCCAGACAGGCUCAGCCCAAAAGCUGGAGGAGAUUUUCAGUGGCUUGCGAGGUGUGGUGAGACUCAGAUGUCAGGCGAGCCCUCCUCUGCUGCUUUUCCUCCAACACACAGCUAACUAUAUUUUAAAAUACAUUCCAGUGUGUUUUCUUUGUUGUUCAUAGUGAAUCCAAGAGGGACAUAUGUGAAGUGAACGUUCACAGGGAUGUGUCUUUGGCUCCAAAAUUAUUUUUAGAAACUGAUUCUUAUCUUAGGACUUGAAAAAUAGGGCGCAGAAUCAACAAUGAACAGCAUCGCUUAAAAAGUAGAUCCUCUCCCGGAAGGAGAUGAGAAGGGUUGAGUUUGUUGUGUACAAACAGGUGCUAACACUGGUCCAAGGAGAGUUUUCAGAUUGUAAAGGUAGGUGCAUGCCUUCAUAAAUUAUUUCUAAAAAAUAAU